ACCUUUUUUCAAUCACAGAUUUUGGUAUUUAACUUGAUUUUCAGCUGGGUCCUUUGAUUUCAACAAAAGAAAGGUUGAAUUAGGAUGAAGAAAUAGGGAAGCAAUGUGCGAAGUUACUAAUAGCGAAUCUUCCCAUUUUUGCUGAUAACGCCAUCGGACCACCUUGCUAGAGAUGAAGAUGAUCGGAUUUUGCAGUCGAUUUUCUGAUGAUCGAAGAGACUUUGUUUUCUCUGCACUAGAUCUGCCUCCAACUCCAAACGAGCAGUUAAGGACUUAUCCAUACAGAUACAGGGCAGCAGUUCUAAUGGAUGAUUACAAGGAAGAUGAGGCCAUUGCAGAGCUAACAAAAGUAAUAGGUUUCAAGCUAGACCUGCAGCUACUGCAUCUUCGAGCUGCAUUUUAUGAUUCAGUGGGUGACCAUGAAUCUGCCAUCAGAGAUUGUGAGGCAGCCCUGUGUCUUGAUCCUGGUCAUUCUGAUACUCUUGAGCUAUAUAACAAAUUCUGCGAGCAGAUGAUGGAAGGUCAGCAUAUUUUAGAUUUUGCCUCUGGAAAAGUGAGAAGCAAGAAGAAAGAAAUUGACACUAGAAAAGCUAGCAUGUACAUAUUUUCCCUCUUGGUUAUGGAUUGGAUGACUUGACAUAGACAAUAGCAAUUCAGAGAUGCAGCCGCCGCUUCAAUCUUUAGCUCCAGCAAAGCCGCAAAGGGGGUGAAAUAUACGACAGAAAAUAGGAAUCAUGUAAAUGAAAUGGAAGCAUUCCGAAGAAGUCUUCCAGUUUUGCAGGUUUUAUGAUUUGUUGUUCUUUGGUUACAUGCAUAUGCAUUAUAACUCCUCCCAGUAUUUUGUUGUAUUA